AUUCUGUCUGCUGUCAAUUGUCUGUCGUCUGGUUGGUUUGAUAUUAUUGCUUUGCUAAACUUUGCUUUUCGACUUUCGAAGUAAAUACAUAAAACGUAACAAAUGUGUGCUAAAUGAUAAACUUCUUGUAUUGAAGCGACUUGUGAUAGUCGUCGGUUGUUGUCUAGAACAUAUAUUCCUCAAAAGGGAAAACCUUAUAUUUCUCUAUAAUAUUCCUUGCCUUUCUUUAGAACUACACGAUGACUGAAUAUUGGAAGUCUCAGGCAAGAAAAUAUUGUGAGUUUUGCAAAUGUUGGUUUGCUGAUAACAAAGUAUCAAUUUCAUUUCAUGAGAAUGGUAAGCGUCACAAGGAAAAUGUUCAGAAACAUAUAUCACAGCUCAGUAAGAAGAGUGCUAAAGAAUUCAAGCAGAAAGAGAAGAUUGAUGAUGAUAUCAAGAAGAUGGAAGCAGCUGCCAUGGCUGCUUACUUGAAAGAUGUUCAGAACAAUGCAGACCUAACAUCACAGAGUAUAAAUGAAAUAUUGACUCAGAGCGGUAGCAGUGAAGCCACUGUAGUUGUGGCUAACAUGCCCACCACAAAGGCACCACCCUCAUGGGAAGAAGUUAAAAGUGAAGAUGGUAGCUCUUAUUACUGGAACACUGUUACAAAUGAAACAACCUGGGAUGCUCCUGAUGAGUAUGUAUCAAUAGCUGAACAAGAAAAAAAUAAAUUAAAAGAAGAAUCACAAGAGAAAAAGAAACAGAAAAUAAAGAAGCAACAACAAAAGCAAGCUCAAAAAGAGGUGCAUAAGGAAGUUAAUGCUCACAUAGCUAGAGAGAAAAUGAGAGAGUUAGCAGUUAAGAAAGAUCCAGAACCACCUAAAAAGUUCUUUGAUUAUGGACCAGCUCCGCGCGCCAGUAAACCUUAUGGAUCCUGGACGCCAGUAGUCACUCAACCCGUCGAAAAUGUGGAUCUCCAGCUACCAAAAAUUGAGAAGGAGUUGCCACCACCCCCAGUUGUUAUGCAACCCGAAAUUAUUCAGUUUAAGGAGAAACGCGUAGAGUCACUCGGAGAUGAACCCGUCGAAUUCAAGAAGAGAAAGUUUAAUAACCCUAAGAGAAAUAUGCGCCAAAAGACAGAUGAUGAUUGAAUUAUCGAUGUCAAGGAAAUAAAAUAAAUCUGUAAAUAAAAUCAAA